GGGCAGUCUCCCUCACCAUUUCAACCCAGCUGCCCUGACUGAAGUGGGGAUCUGGGAAGCUGUGGUAGAGCCACACUGCCAGAGUGUGACUCCGAGAUUCCUGGGGUGUGGGGGGUUUGCAGCUGUGUUCCUGGGAGAACACUGGACCACACUGGACUCUUCCGUUUGCUCCACAGCCACUCUGAGGAAGAUGUCCUGGAGGUACCGGGCCGCGCAUCCUUCGCGCGCCUCUAGUCGGAGCCUCCGCCAGGCCGGCUCUUUCCCGGGCCCGCCGGGGCGCCUCUGCCCAGCGCUGCUGCGGUUGACCUGGGCCGCCGCUCUGCUGGCCUCUGCUCUGGGCGACUGCGGCCCCCCGCCAGUUUUAUCCUAUGCUGCUCCAAUGACUGAGUUGAAUGAGACAGACUUUGAAAGUGGAACUGUUCUGAAGUAUAUGUGCCGACCCGGCUACAUAAAGACGGGCUCCAACUAUUUCCUGACCUGUGAGGACUCAGGUGACUGGAAAACCUCCAUCAACUGUGUCAAGAAACGAUGCAGAAACCCAGGAGAAUUACGCAACGGACAAGUGAUAGUUCAGACAGACCUCCUUUUCGGAUCUGAGAUAUUAUUCAGCUGUUUGGAAGGAUACAUCUUAAUUGGCUCAGACAGAAGCUUCUGUGAAGUCCAAGGCAGAGGCGUUGAGUGGAGUGAUCCUCUCCCACUGUGCAUUGUUGCCCAGUGUGCACCGCCUCCGGCCAUCAGCAACGGGCGGCACAGCGCGAAGGAGGACUUCUACCCCUAUGGUUCCUCUGUCACCUACAUCUGUGACCCUCCGUUCUCACUGGUAGGGAAAGCUUCCAUUUCCUGCUCAAUGGAAAAUAAGACUCAAGCUGUCUGGAUCCCAAGCCCUCCUACUUGUCAUAAAGUCAGCUGUCCUUACCCAGAGGUGAGACACGGGAAGCUGAUGGGUGGCUUCCGAAGCACCUUCCAUUACAAAGACUCUCUUGAGUUUGAUUGUGAUGAUGGCUUCCAGCUUAAAGGCAACAGGGUGAUCCAUUGUGAAGCUGACGGCCAGUGGAGCCCCCCUCCUCCUAUCUGUGAGCAAAAGGUGUGCUGCCCGAAACCAGUGCUGAAGCAAGGCCAUAUCCUGCCCCAGUGGAGACAAGGCUCCACCCGGAUGUGUACCUACUUUUACGAAGAUACUAUUACAUACUUUUGUCCUGGCAUGAAUUAUCGCAAAUCCAGCUGUCAAAGUGAUGGCACGUGGAGUCCGGAGCCCACGUGUGAGAACAGCUGUGACGUCCCCCCUGCCAUUGCCCAUGGAUUUUACAAAAAGGUCAGGGGAUUUCGAACGGAUGAGGUGUACUACACCUGCAUGCCUGGGUACAAGCUGGUCGGAACGAGCAAGCUCACCUGCAACAGUGAGGGCUGGUCAGCGCAAGCUCCUCAGUGUAAAGCUGAGUGUGAGAGACCAGAGAUAGAACACGGACGUCUGUCUGAGAACAAGUCUCUGUACCUGGAAACUGCCAGCAUCACUGUCCACUGUGACUCCAGCUACAGACUGGUUGGUAACCAGACCAUCACCUGUUCAGAGGACAGAAGCUGGUUCCCAGGGGUGCCCAAGUGUGAGUGGGAGUUCCCUGCAGGUUGCGAGUCCAUGGCUAGGGGCUGGAAGCUCAUGCAGUGCCUCCCAGACCCCAAAGAAGCAAAGUUGGCCCAGGAGAUGUACAAACUCUCCCUCGAGAUCCAACUCCUGGAACUACAAAUAGAGCAGAUCAGGAUCAACGUUCCACAGACUGCAGAGCUCUGACACGGGGUCAAGCGGGACCCACGCAGCCUCCAGCGCUCUGAAUGCGCAUGGGCAUGUGGCCGCAUCUGCUGAGACUCCCAGAAACCCACUCCCCUCCCCCCACGCCAGAAUAAAAACUCAGUGCUGGGGUUGUCUGACCCAAGCCUCCCU